AUGAAAUCCGCACUGUGGUCUACUCGACGGCUGGCCGGCCGAGUGGACUACGUGCACAACGACGAUGGACCCUCUGUCAUCGCCGACGAUCAUUCCUGGUAUGCGAUCAUCACCGAGGCCGAGGUGCUUGACGAGCGCCUCGACUACGUCUAUCGUUCUCGACAAACCAAGGACGACGACAUUCACCCCUCGACGACACUCGCGACGCCCACGGUCGAAUUCCUCACGUUCUCAUCAGCGGCUGCCGAAGAAGACGAGGACGACACGGACCACAACGCAAAAUUACAGCCCAGUUGGUCCCAGUACAUGGAGCACAUUCAGCAACUACAGGAGCUCUAUGUCGCCUCGACAGCUUUCCCAGCCGCCACUGUCGAUUCGGCGUCGAUGGUCAACAUAUCGACGUCGACAUCGACUUCCAUUGCGUGUACCCCAUUUGCUACGGCCCCACCUUUGGCAACCUCGGAAGGCAAGGUCGAACGGGAGGAGAAGAUGCGAACGGGCUGGACGACACAAGACAAGUUCUUCUGGCUCGGAGGGGGUCUGGCGGUGCUGUUCAUCGUCAGCGUAGAGCUCGCGUGUUCGGAAGACAAUGUAUGCGAUUGUCUCUGCUCUGCAUCGUCGUUGCUUAUCAUCCUCUCGUAUCAGCCGGAAGCGAACAUCAAAGAAAAGGAGAAGAAGAAGCGCGAGGAAGAUGUCAUGGAGUCAUCGUCGGACACGUCCACGGACGGAACGUUCUCACCGUCUAUAACAUCUACAGCCAAGAGUAGUCGUUCUCGGGCCACCCGACGCCGUUCAGCGACUCCUGCCUCGGAGACGUCGACACUCAACGCCGACCCUUCUGGUUAAUUGAAUUGAAUUCUAUUUGGCCAUCUCGCAGAAGCCAAAGCUAACGAUCAUCGAAAACAACCCACGAUCAUCGUCGAGCAAGCAUACGCACGCUGAUCUCCAAGUACAAGUAAGUCGUUGGCACUGUUCAUGCAUUCACUCGUGCUCACAUCUAGCCGAUAGGUCACGAUGGACAGGAACGGUGGUGUGAUGUUGGGGAGUGGGGAAUAUUUCGGCCACACUUGUGUGUAGGAGAGAAGCAUGGAAGCAUGGAGUUGAAG